UAUAUUAACCGAACAUCAUUCGACUGCCACCGUUUUUUUUCGGCCACAAAGACCACGUUUAUGUGAAUUCUGCUUACCGGUACGAAUCACCCGGUUUUUCGUAACAAGAUUUGCUGGUCUCUUCGUCGAGGAUCCAAUUUCUGUGACAGAAAAUACGUAGUUAUGGGCGUGGAUGUGGAAGUUCUUUCUCCUGGAGAUGGCCAGACAUAUCCGAAAAGAGGACAGACUGUAGUUGUCCACUAUACAGGUACUCUCCAGAAUGGAAAAAAAUUCGAUUCUAGCAGAGACCGUGGUGUGCCAUUUAAAUUCAAAAUAGGUAAAGGAGAGGUUAUUAAAGGGUGGGACCAAGGCGUUGCUCAAAUGUGUGUUGGAGAGCGUGCUAGGUUAACUUGCUCACCAGAUUUUGCCUAUGGCUCCAGAGGACAUCCUGGAGUUAUUCCACCACAUGCUGUUCUCAUCUUUGAUGUGGAGCUGUUGAAGGUGGAGCCUUGAAGAACUUUCCAGGGUAUACCAAAUUGACUACACACAUCAGAAUCACUGAUAAUUAAGCGCUUCAAAUUGCAUUAUAUUAAGUAGUCAUUCCUUGAGUGGUAUGUCUUGCAUACUAACAUUAAUUCGAUUGCUCAUACGAAUGAGGAAAUUUAAGAUAUUAAUUCUGUGUUUCACUAUUGCACAAUUAUAUAAACUAUAAAUUACAAUUGUACACGAAUGUUCAAGGACUGAUUGAUGUGGAAUCUUCUACCUUUUUGCAUACUUUUAUAUCCUGAUAAGAUUAAUCUUUACACUAAUCAAUUUGAUGUUGAUGGAUAGCAUUCCUAUUAUGAGUAAUUGAAUUAAAUAAAUCUUAAAACAUCUGAUAUAUAAUCCGACGCCUGUGUUCAUUCAAAUUACUUAGUACUUGGUAAACAAUCACCUGGAUAUUUUGUACAAAAUCUUUCAAUAACGCAAAGAAUAAUAAUUGUACUGAUAUUGUAAUAGUACGGACCUUUACACGGAAAAAAUUCAAUAAAAAAUUGUCUUGUCUCGAA